AUGACAAUGUUCCUAGGGUUACAGGUUCAACAGGAUUCGACCAGAAUCUUAUUGCAUCAAGGCAAAUAUGGGGAAGACAUGUUAGAAAAAUUUGGUUUUAAAGACUCAAAAAUUGCUUCAACUCUAAUGGCUAAAAGACUAGUGUUGGCUCCAGAUCCAGAUGGGGGAUCCGUAGAUCAAACAGAAUAUCGAUCGAUGAUCGGAUCUUUGAUGUAUCUGAAUGCCAACAUACCUGACAUCAUGUUUGUCGUCUGUCAAUACGCUCGUUAUCAGGCUAAUCCUAAACUUUCUCACUUAAUUGUUGUUAAAAGGAUUUUUAGCAAUUAUGGAGGGUGUGAUCUUGACAGGAAAUCUACAUCGGGUGAAUGUCAAUUUUUGGGGGGCCGAUUGGUGUCAUGGCAAUGCAAUAAACAGCAAACGAUGUCAACUUCAACGGCUGAGGCUGAGUAUGUUGCCACCUCAGCCUGCUGUUCUCAAGUUAUCUGGAUUCAACAUCAAUUGUUGGAUUACAGUUUGAACUUUCUUGAAACUUCCAUUUUUUGUGAUAAUGAUGCGGCCCUUCAAAUUGCUAAAAAUCUGGGUUCUCAAAGAUUUCGGCAUGGUCGACGGCGAAUUUCCGAUGAAGACUAUAAAAAGUGGUCAACCGAAUUUAAAAAGGGUUUUGUCGGGUGCUCUAUCAGGAUUUCUCACGCCUUGCGUUCUAAUUCAGUUAUCUACAAGGAUCUGAUUACUGAGUUCUGGAAGAAUGCUUUAAUCAACAAGCUGGGAGAAGAUGAAGUUGAUGUUGUUAAGUAA